CAGAACUCAGUAGGUGUUUCAGUCUCGGCAGCCAUUGUUCAACGUAUAAAAAAUUUAUAAUUUUCUGUUUUGCGUUGACCUAAACUUAAACAAAGAAAUUGAGUAAGACUCAUAGACUUCCAAAAAACCAUUGUUUCAAAGUAAAGUUUUAGUACAAAAUGAAUCCAGAAUACGACUAUCUGUUUAAACUUUUGUUGAUUGGUGACUCUGGGGUGGGCAAAUCAUGUCUCUUGUUAAGGUUUGCUGAUGAUACAUAUACAGAAAGCUAUAUAAGUACCAUUGGUGUGGACUUUAAAAUAAGAACUGUAGAAUUAGAUGGUAAGACAAUAAAGUUACAAAUAUGGGACACAGCAGGGCAAGAGAGAUUCAGAACAAUCACAUCAUCAUACUACAGAGGGGCACAUGGAAUUAUUAUUGUUUAUGACUGCACAGAUCAGGAUUCAUUCAGCAAUGUUAAACAGUGGUUAGAGGAGAUUGAUCGUUAUGCUUGUGACAAUGUCAACAAGUUGCUUGUUGGAAACAAAUGUGAUCUUACCUCUAAGAAGGCUGUCGACUAUACCACUGCCAAUCAAUACGCGGAACAACUUGGCAUUCCUUUCCUAGAGACGUCGGCGAAAAACUCGACGAACGUAGAGCAGGCGUUCAUGACGAUGGCGGCGGAGAUCAAGGCGCGAGUGGGACCCCCGUCCGCAGGUGCUGCGCCCGCCGGGGCCGCUGUCAAGAUCGACCAGGGCCGUCCCAUCGAGACUGGCAAGUCAUCCUGCUGCUGAGCAAUACUGAACGGUCGAGUGGCGAUGUACCGCGACCACAAGGACGGCAUCUUGUCGUCCGUCAACACAAUAUCAGAACUAAAAACCGUUCAUCGCAUAUUAUAAAAAAUAAAUUAAUUUUUAGCGCGAUUAACGCGAAUUAUCAUAAGCUAACUUUCGUUUAAGUUGCUAUAUUUGUCCGUUAUUUUAAUAUCGUUAGUGAAUUCGGAGAGGUGAAAUGUAUGGGUGUAUGUUUAUAUAUUAUGAAUAUUGUAUGAUUUAUUAUCGUCUUGUCAUAGAUACCACGCGGUUUGCAACAGAUUUUGAUAGCGUACCGUGAGAAAUAGCAAUAAUUAUACUUAAGGUACUCGUAACACUAAAAAUUGGUAUAGUUUUUCAUUUUUUUUUAAUUCUUAAUAAGAUUAUUAUUAACUUUACCCUAUUUAAAUCACCUUUAUAACCAUAUCCUUGGACCAAUGAGCAUUGUAUUCCUACUCAUUGAUGGUAUUAGGUGUCUACUGGGUUUUAGGAUAAAAAGUGUUCUCAAAACAGGAGUUCUGUUACCUAACUACUUAAAAUUUAAAAAUAAUUAAUAUUAUUUGUUACUCCUCAUUAAAAAUGAAAUUACAUUACAUAUUUCAAAUCUGUCUUAACAAUUAUAUUUUUCCUAUAAAAUAAUGCAAUACUCCGAAAAAACUUGUCACUUAUAAAUUAUCCAAAUUAAAACAUGGUUAAAAUUAUACCAGCUAUCAUUACCAUUCAUAGCGUAUCUCUUCAAUUCCACACGUGGUGACGUGGCGAAGUCGAGUCGAAUAAGGUUCGCUUCACACAGAUUCGGCCGUCACGCGAUGCGUUCUCAAUAAUUAUUACCCAUUUAAAAUUUGCUGUUUCACUCGAAUAGUAAUUUUUUCUCACAUCUGUCUACAAAACUGUUGCAAAUUAUGCUAUAUAUUAUAUAUAUUUCCCUCAAUAAUUUUUGUGUCUGCGUUCAUUGAAAGAUAGGAUGGAAUUUGCCGUAACUCUUUAACUGCGGACAUUUUCAGCUUGAUUGAUAUUCACUCGAGGUUCUAUAUUUAUGCACACAGUUUUAACUCCUAUAUUAUGUUUACCCGUCGUGUACUAGGGUUGUGCUGCUUUCGAUAUUUUGUGUUACAAUUCUAAUACGGCACACUUCUUAGGUCUUCUCACAGUCUCUGUCUAACUGUAUGAAACACACUUUUUGAUCACGCAAAGUGUAUAUAUUACGACUUGUCCUUUGAUCGUAUUCCCCUCCCGUGUGUUCGCGCCUUAACUGUCGUUAUACAGAGACUGUGCUAUCGUCCUUACUAACACAAAAUUGUAGAUAAUAUAGCAAAUUGGCCUUAGUUAUAGAGAUGUAUAGUUAAAGUUAGCAAUCGACUCAUCAGCGGGAACAUAGUAUUAAAAGACAAAUUUUUAUCAACACAUCUACUUAUGUGAUAUUGCUCUGAACGGCAAUAUUUCAAAGAUCGCACAUUUUUCUAUUGUUCUGUCGGAAUGCACUUCGUACGCUUCGCGUUCUUGCGGCGAUGUUUUGAAAUAUCGCUGUUCAUAAUAUUAUUAUUUAUUUAAUUUGAAACGUAUGUAAUCUUAUUUUUGUACUAUUAUGUGAAGAGUUAAGUUUACUUAAUUAUUAAUCGAACCGCUAACCCACUGUAAUUCUGUAUUGAGGGUUUCUUAGAAAUUAAAACAGUAUGCUAUUAA